CCGACGACUCUUGCACUUCUAGAACUAUCGUCCAAGAGGUAAGACUGAACGCGCGGGUCUCCGUCUACGUCGCGAGUUGCGACUCGCAAAUCGGAGUCGAUUUGGUGCGCGAUCUCUCAGCAUCAGCGAGAUGAACUUGAACGCGGACGACAGCGUGUUACAUGGAGGAGACAAUACAUGAGAGGACUGAUAGAAGAACUGAGAACCGGAGUGUCGUGACAGUGAACCGAGAACCCUGAUUGCAAAUCAUGUGCAUGGCGAAUUGAGCAGUGCAGUGAACCCCGACGUUGUCGCGUCUCUCUUGUGAUUGUUUUUAAGCACGGCGCUUCGCGAGACGAAAGUCUCAACCACGGCAGCAAAAUUGAGCUGGAGUUGCACCAACGAGCCGCCGGCCACUUUAUGAGAGCCGGCGGCAACAUGUGCGACGGCUCCUUUACGGAAACCUUGCGCACCAUGCAGGGUAUGACGGGAACGUCGCCAACGGCCGGUGCCGGCGUCGGUCCUAUGGGGGUCGGCCUCGGUAGUCCUCUCGGCCCAGCAGGCAAGAAAGUACAAGCGGAACACAUCAAACGACCGAUGAACGCAUUCAUGGUCUGGUCACGGCUGCAGCGACGGAAGAUCGCACAAGAGAACCCUAAGAUGCAUAACAGCGAGAUUUCCAAGAGGCUUGGUGCGGAAUGGAAACUCCUCUCGGAGGAGCAAAAACGUCCCUUUAUCGACCAAGCGAAGAGGUUACGUGCUCAACACAUGAAGGAACACCCGGAUUACAAAUACAGACCAAGAAGAAAACCCAAAACCUUGCGCAAGGAAGGCUAUCCGUACAGUAUUCCAUACCCGAGUGUGCCCAUGGACGCCCUCCGAGCAGGGAUGGCCGGUAGCAUGGGACAGGCAGGGAUGGGUUCCUAUUACAGCCCUGCGGCGGCUUACGGCCCCCUCUCGGCGGCCAGCAUGGCUGCGGCUGCGGCAGCGGCUGCACAACAAUCGGCUGCCGCCAUGUCCGCCGGUCUCGGGGCACCUGCUCAAGUGGUGAGCUCAAUGGACGCUAUGAAGUAUUCGAUGGAGGCUGACAAGUAUCGCGCUGCCUAUAUGCCGCCCAGCAGUCUCGCGAUGAGCAUGUACCCGGACCCCAAGUACCUGGACUCAAGCCCCAAGACCUAUCUGGACCGAAGCUACUUGGACUCGGCGAAGGCUUACUUCGAGCAAUCGAAGCUCUACAUGGAUCAGAAACCGCCCCUUGUCGACUACAACCGACCCAGCUACGAGCCCAACAAACUCUACGAGGAGUCCAGCCCAGGUAGCGUCGUCGGCGGAAGUGGACCAGCGAGGUCACCGGCCGCGGAGUCGCCGGACACGAGCAAGCAGCACGAGAGAGCGGAGCAAGCCUCCUCUAGCGCAAGCUCGACGUCCACGUCAUCGGCCGCGAGUCCUGGAGCAACUCUACCAGCGUACUAUCCCGGACCCGUCCAGGCUGGCGGAUUGUUGGGCCCGCAGAUGGGCCAGUACGGUGGAUAUCAAACGGCACCGGCCCCGGGAAACGAGUCUUUCCGCCGACCACUGACAGUCAUCUUCUGACCCGAUAGAACAUAGCUCUGAUCCAUCUUCGAGGAGCAGUUGCUGUGAACCUGGUCGAGUCGUGACGAUGACUACCGCGGAUUCAGCAGAAUGACACGACGACGCUCUGGCAGAGCAUCUGCCCGAAUCUUAGCAGUCAGAGUUCCGACGAUCAGAAGAUAUCUUUUGUCCAAACGCGCAUUACGGUGCAUUUCAAGAAGUGGGCAGUUGCCGCGGAUCUCAUUGCGGGAUUGCCAUGGCUACGGCGGAUAACACGAAAUGAAAGUGGAACGUUGUGUGUGAUAGUGUUCUAGGAAAACGUUCUCUUUAUUUUACUAGAUGGAUACCCUGGAUUCUGCCAAACUAUCCGACGAUGACUAAUGGCGGUCGUCUUCUCAACGACUACCGCCAACUGACGUGCACCGAUGAUGAAAUCUUUCCAGAGUGUAUCUUUCGUUUUAGAAGAAUUCCAACAAUCUUUAAGAAAGAUGUUGUAUUUAUCGAUGUUGUAUUUCGACGGGACAAGCGCAAUAAAUAUUUUACGUCAAAAUUCAGUGAAACUUCAAGAAGAUGUCGUAACAUCGUGAAUCAUCGAUACUUUUGAAAAAUAUCUCCAGGAGAAUAUCGGUCGAGAUGAAAAGUUUAUAAAAAUUGUCCCAGUUUAUAAAGAAAUUAUUUUCGGUGACAAUAUUAUUUAUAUAUUAGCAAAUCGUCUAUAUUUUGUAAAAAGGAUCGUUGAUCGAUCUGGAAGAAUUUCAUCAAAGGACUAGAAAAAAUUAAACAUUUUCCUGGCGAUGGAUAUAAUCAAUAAUAUCGCUGCGAGAGAGCAAGAAAAGCCACCAGACCAACGGACUAUUCCGAGAGAUAAACCGACGAUCGACGAUGAUCAUAGGUCAUCGUUUACAGAUCGCAACGAAAAUCGAGAGGACUUCCGCUGUGUCGUCGGCUGACUAGUCUUGACCGAGACGUGUUAAGAAUACAUUGUACAUAGUCCCUGUGUAAAUAGUGUAGCAAAAACUUGGCUGUUCCGGGUUUCCGCGCGCGAAUCCGCUUUCUUACGUUCUCCAUCCCCAGACGCAAGGACUCGUGAUCCUUGAAGAGAAAGCAGUACAAAUGGAAUCGUGUGCGUACGUGGUAUCGGAAACCUAUCGCGAACACUCGAUCACUGGAACAACGUAAUGAUAACUUAUCGUUCUUUUCUCUUCGUUUACCUUCAACCCUCAAUUGGUUGUAAAAAUAGAUAUUUAAUAAUCGUAUGACUGCUAAAACGUUGAUCGGUACGUAUUUCUUUUUAAGAACUCUUUUUAGGUUAGCGGAAAUACUAGAAAUUAAUUUCUUUAAGUAACUAUAAUUUUGGAUCGAUAGACAAAAACAGCUCUGACGACGAGAAGCAGGAUAGACAGUGCUGUCAUACUAAGUCAUUUACAUGUGUUUAUACGGCGUAUACUUACGAUUUAGCAAUUGGACAUUGUGUAUAUAUCGAUGAAUUUCAAUUUUGUUUUACUUUAUUCGAGUAUCACCAGUUGUGGGUUGAGAGAUUCCGAUAGACCAUGAAUAUUAAUCGAUUUUUCUCCGCGCGAAUUUGUCGCGUAAGAUCGUUCAAGUUUUCCAUGCGUUUUUGCGGAGAAAUUGAAUCAUUAUUUACUUACGAUUAUUGCUCAUCCAGGAUGAUGGCGUUUUCUAAUUUUGCGCGAAUAGUAUAGUAGCAAACGAUAUUUAUUAUUAAUUUUUUUUCAUUGUACAAUUAAUUGUAUAAAAAGAUAUUAUGUUAUCAUUGUUUAUACUUAGUCACGAAAAUGUGUUUAAUACGCGAAUGUGUUUUAUAACGCGAAUAACGAGUAGCAAUUUUCAAUGUGUCUCUUUAGUUUUGCUGUCGUAUAUUUAUAUAAAAAAAAAUAAUUAUACAAGUUUAUCGUUAUAUGUUAUAUGUUCGAAAUCGUUACUCGUCAUUUGCGAAUGUAUUUUGGCCAAUUAACGAGGAUCGUUCAAUUAUACAUAGUAACUGUAGAGAUAUAAAAAUAUACACGCGCGACCCGAGUAUAAUUUCUUGACUGACAAAGGCACACGAUCAUUUCUGCCUUUUGUUGAUUAUUUUCUGACUUCCAAAUCUGUUAUCGCUUGAUGGUGUCGAUCGAAUCGACUUUGCGAAGGAGAGGGGGAGGGGGAGGGGGAAAUGAGCUCCAGAAAACGUUUCGCUCGAGACAUUCCCGCUAUACAACGUGUAAUCUUUGUAUUCGUAUCGUUACGAUGAAUCUUAAGCUGUAUCGAUUAUUCGGAUAUUACAUUACCAGCGACUCAAGUAAAUUAUAAGUAUUGUACCGUAAGUGAAAAAUAAACGUUAAAUAUUAUCCUUCGAA